AUGUCAACUGUUUUACCCAUUUUAAUACCAAAGAGCAAAAACAUAUUAUUACUAAAAGAUGAUAUUGGUAAACCAAAACCAACUACUCGAAAUCUUCCAAAUGACAGUUUUAGAUAUGGAAAAUAAAGUAAAAGAGACCCUAUUUAAAUUUAAUUUUCUACUUUAGAAUGUGGAAAUGAAAUCUCAUCAUUCAUGCGAAGAAAUCAUAGAGUUUAAAAAUCAGACAUAACUUUAAUGACCCAUGGAAUCAAAAAUAAGUAUUAAUAUAUAUAAUUUAAUCUUUAGACCCUAAACUCCAUUAGAUAAAGUCUUAAAAUAUUAAUAUGCUACCGAAGCAAAAGAACAAUUAGAUAAGAUAUAUUAAAAAAGAAUGAAAACAGAACCUAGAACAUAAUCAUUUAAUUAAAACAGAUCAUUUUCAUUAAGAUAAUAACAUAAUACAAAAAAAGAAUAGAAAAAAAUGUUUAAGCUUUAGUAGUUUUAAGAUAUCAAAUCUAAAAUAUUUUAAUGA